AACCAUGACUUGACUUUUGUAUCUGAGUGCCAGCCCCUCUAUAUUGACUUUGACUUGGUCUCUCUCUCUCUCUCUCUCUUUCUUUCACCAUUCCCUUGUUCUUAGUUUUUACUUCCAUCCCUCUUCCAAGUCUCAGAAACGUAUGGGAAGAUGUCUAGUUUGGUUUUGUUGUCCGUGUUAUUUCUCCUUCUCCAACGUCCUCUCUCAUCCUUCUCAGCCAACUCCGAAGGAAACGCUCUUCAUGCUUUGAGAAGCAGGCUUUCUGACCCCAGCAACGUGCUUCAGAGCUGGGACCCAAAUCUCGUUAAUGCUUGUACUUGGUUUCAUGUUACCUGCGACUCCAACAAUCACGUCAUUCGCUUAGACUUGGGCAAUUCUAAGCUCUCCGGAACUUUGGGACCAGAACUUGCCCAGCUACCCCACCUCCAAUACCUGGAGCUCUACAGGAAUAACAUAAGUGGCAACAUUCCUCGGGAACUUUCUAAAUUGAAGAACCUUAUUAGUAUGGAUUUGUAUGACAACCAAUUUCAUGGCAAAAUCCCCAAGUCUUUUGGCAACUUGAACUCACUUAAAUUUCUACGCCUAAACAACAACAAACUGACAGGAGCGAUCCCAAGAGAGCUCACUCAUCUUAAAAAUCUCAAAAUCCUUGAUGUUUCUAAUAAUGACCUCUGUGGAACAAUACCAGUAGAUGGCAACUUUGAAUCCUUCCCGAUGGAAAGUUUUGAGAAUAACAAACUCAGCGGCCCAGAGCUGAAAGGAUUGGUUCCUUAUGAUUUUGGAUGCUGAAGAAUGGUAGAUUUCGUCACUACUCCUCAGACUGCAAAGAAGCCUUCUUUAUUAGGGAAGAAAGCAGUAUCAGAAAUGUACGCUUGUCACAAAUCUAAACGUGUGGCACCUAUAUGUGAUGUCAAUAUAUCUAAUAAAUAAAUGAAUUUAUCGUCUGCCUCUGGUUGCAAGCAGCAUAACCAAGCUUCUGACUGGGAUGAUGUCAAGUUGAAAAAAUGCCUCAGUCUCAGUCUGAGUUGAAAAACAUGCUAGUUAUGCUUACAUGAAUUAAGUACAAGGCUCUAAUAGUUUAUUUCCAAUCCCUCCAUGUUAACUUGGAACAAGAGAAAACUCUUUUAAGAUUGAUUAGUUUGGCAAAAAGAAGAAACAUUACUAUAUUAUUAUAAGAGCACUUUAUUCAUCAUGUAAAUUUUUUUUAAA